UGUAGUGGUGGUGGAUGGGGUUUCAGUUUUCACUAUCACCCACCGACAUCCCCAACUCCUUUCAUUCCUUGCUUCCGAAGCCCCCUGCCACCCUCCCCGUUACAAAUCACAACUUGAAUCUGAUUCUAAGUCCAGAAUUCCAUCCAAUCCUAACCCCACCUCCACCUUCCCUCUCCCCCUACGGCCCACAUCUUCAUCAUCGCUCUCUACCACUUUCCUCUUUGAUUUUCUAAAUACAUACAUGAACUCACUCUCCAUUCUUUGAAAUUUAAUUGGGCCUUUGGGCAUUUGGGCAUUGCAUUUCGAAAUGGAGAGGGAAUCUUCCGACGAUGAGGAGGAUCGACAAAACCUUAUCGACGAAAAUGAGCGGAAGCUCCCUCAUCGAUCCGGCUUCCAGAUCGAGGAUUUCAAGUCUAGACUUUCUGCUCAUCGUUUCUCCUUUAAUAAGAGGUACCUCUUCGCCAUCUUCCCCCCUCUCUUCAUCCUCCUCAUUUAUUUCACCACAGAUGUUCGAAACUUAUUUACCACCAAUAUUUCCAUCGUUAAAGCCGAUUCUCCCACUGAUCGUAUGAGGGAAUCCGAAUUGCGAGCUUUGUAUUUGUUGAGGCAGCAGCAGUUGAGUCUCUUCUCUCUUUGGAACCAUACUGCAUUUGCUGAUUCCGCGCCCAUUCCUUCUAAUUCCACUCUUGAUUUCUCUACACGGCAGGUUCUUCUCUCCUCUGCCGAUUUUAAAUCUGCUCUGCUGAAGCAGAUUUCGUUGAAUAAAGAGAUUCAGCAAGUCCUCUUGUCGUCUCAUCCAUCUGGGAACCUGUCCGAAUUGGUGGACGACAACGGGGAUCUCAAUUUCGGGGCUUUCAGUUUUAAUAGGUGUCCAAAGGUUAAUCAGAAUAUGUCCCAGAGGCCAACCAUAGAAUGGAAGCCGAGAUCUGAUAAGUAUCUGUUUGCAAUAUGCUUGUCUGGGCAGAUGUCCAACCACUUGAUUUGUUUAGAAAAACACAUGUUCUUUGCAGCCCUCCUCAACCGCAUUUUAGUUAUUCCCAGCUCCAAAUUUGAUUAUCAAUACAAUCGGGUACUUGAUAUUGAACAUAUAAAUAAUUGUUUGGGAAGAAAAGUGGUAGUCACAUUUGAAGAGUUUACCGAAUCUAAAAAGAACCACUUACACAUAGACAGGGUUAUAUGCUAUUUCUCACUGCCACUGCCUUGCUAUGUGGACGAUGACCAUGUUAAGAAGCUGAAGUCAUUGGGAAUUUCAAUGGGUAAGCUUGAACCUGCUUGGGCUGAGGAUAUCAAAAAGCCAAAGAAAAGGACAGCCCAGGAUGUCCAGGCUAAAUUUUCUUCGAAUGAUGAUGUUAUUGCUAUUGGUGAUGUUUUUUAUGCUAAUGUGGAGGAAGAGUGGGUCAUGCAACCGGGUGGUCCCCUUGCUCACAAAUGUCAGACUCUGAUUGAACCAAGUCGUCUCAUUAUGCUCACUGCCCAACGUUUUGUUCAAACAUUCUUGGGGAAGAGUUUUACUGCUCUCCAUUUUCGACGACAUGGGUUUCUGAAGUUUUGUAAUGCUAAAGAACGAAGUUGCUUUUUCCCCAUUCCCCAAGCUGCAGACUGCAUUAGUCGUGUGGUUGAGAGGGCCGAUACACCAGUCAUCUAUCUUUCCACAGAUGCUGCUGAAAGUGAAACUGGUUUACUGCAGUCUCUGGUUGUCCUGAAUGGGAAGCUUGUGCCACUCAUUAAGCGACCAACCCGUAAUUCAGCAGAAAAAUGGGAUGCUUUGCUCUACAGACAUGGCCUUGAUGGAGAUUCUCAGGUGGAAGCCAUGCUGGAUAAGACAAUUUGUGCUAUGGCUAGUGUGUUCAUUGGAGCCCCUGGUUCCACUUUCACAGAAGACAUUCUGCGGCUCCGGAGGGGCUGGGGGUCUGCAUCACACUGUGAUGAGUAUCUCUGCCAAGGUGAACAGCCAAACUUCAUAGCAGACAAUGAGUGAAGACAAACAAUAGAGAGAUUGGUGAUAUCUCAUGUUAGGUGAAUUUGGCUGCCUUCACUUGGUACGCAUUCAUUCUGUUAGUUCAGCAGGAUGAUUGGAUUUCCAAUUGGUUGAGUUGCUCAGAUUGCCAUCAACAUGUAUUAGUAGUGUAUGAUAAUAGCAUAUGCCUUUUUCCCAAAUGUUCUUUCAUACACCUCUUUUUAUUUUUUAAGGCAUGUUUUGUCAGUCAUAUUUUUUAUGCACCUGGUGCUAGUGAAUUCAGGCAAGGAAUUAUUUGUGAUGUAAAUCGACUGAUGCUCACUUUUGAGAAACAACUUUUGGAAUUGUUAUGUUGUGAAGGUAAAGACAAGAGGGCCCAUUGGGAAGGAGUAUUGUAAUGGCAAAUUGUGCAUGAACGAACUGCAGCUGGGUGCAGGGAAGAUGCUUUUGUAAAAACAUAUGAGCCACCAGCCACAUGUAUAUAGCAUUAUACUCAAUUUGGGUUAUAAGGCUUUAUCGAUGUCUUUGGAAAUGGGAUUAGAGAACUACUCUUUUUUAAGUGUUUGUAACAGAGGGUAAUUCUAUGGUAUGGUAUCGAAAUGGUCCCAUUUCCU